GACUGUCUGCCUGUGCUGUGUUUCUCGAGAGCAUGUGCCAAAAGCAUCAUUCGCGAGAGUGUACGCAGAUCCUCGUCCGGAUAAAAUAAUUGUAUUUUUAUAUAUUUAUAUGCAGCAGUGAGCAUGGGUUCCUUUCCGAGUCAUCACUGGAAUCAUCGUCCCCUCACCGCAUCGCCAUUUAGUUGGCUCUGAUGAUGACUCAUGUCGCCCUAGAAAAAGUCGCGCAUGCUUGCGCAUGCUAAAGAGGCAGGAUGCUUUCACUUCCUCAAUAGUGGAGCGAUUGUGAUUCCAGUGCUGUGCUUCUCUUCCAAAAGUUGAUUGUGCUUGUGAGUGGCGAAAGGAGGAUUGGUGACACUGGCGAUGGAGAUCGAUUGAGAGCAACUUCGGAGUACAGCAGCUGAUUGAUUUCUUGCCGGAAGAUCUGUCGGUGAGGGUUUGGAGAACUGAUUGGUAGACGUCGAUCAAGAGCGAGCCAUGACGGUAACAAAUCCUUAUGGCCACCUCGAAGGCUACCAAGCACCUGGAAAAACCGGCACACGAGACUUGUCGGUGUACAGCCCCGUGCAAGCUAGCCGCCUCGAUCACACCCCACCCCUGCCUAAAGUUUUCCAUGGCCACUUCAAGCUCAAGCAUGGGCCCCCAUCGACAGCGGCUGGGCACCCAGAAGAGAUCGCCAAGCUCUUUCCGAAUCUAUUCGGGCAGCCCUCAGUGGAAAUGAUACCAUGCGAAGGGUCAGCUUACGAUGAAAACCGUGUGCUGAAGGUGGGAGUAGUGCUCUCUGGCGGACAAGCUCCGGGAGGCCACAACGUAAUCGCUGGGAUGUUUGACUACCUCCAGACUCAUGCCCCCGGGAGCAUCUUGUAUGGAUUUAAAGGUGGCCCUGCAGGCAUCAUGCGCAACAAGUGGCUUGAAAUCACCACCCCUCUUCUGUAUCCAUACAGGAACCAAGGUGGGUUCGACAUAAUAUGCAGCGGCCGGGACAAGAUCGAGUUGCCGGAGCAGUUCAAGCAGGCGGAGACGACCGUCACAGCGUUGGAUUUAGAUGGCUUGGUGGUGAUCGGAGGAGAUGAUUCCAACACAAACGCUGCCGUCCUAGCGGAGUAUUUCAGGGAGAAGAAAAUCAAGACUCGCGUGUUGGGGUGCCCGAAGACCAUUGACGGGGACUUAAAAUCCAAGCAAGUGCCGAUCAGUUUUGGCUUCGACACAGCGUGCAAGAUCUACUCAGAAAUGAUUGGGAACAUUAUGGUCGACGCAAGGUCCACCGGGAAGUACUACCACUUCGUAAGGUUAAUGGGGCGUGCUGCGAGUCACAUCACGCUGGAGUGCGCGCUCCAGACGCAUCCAAACAUGGCCAUCAUCGGCGAGGAGGUUCAUGCGCAGAAGAAGACGCUUCGGCAGGUGACGAAUUCAAUAGCAGAUGUUGUGUGCAGGCGGGCCGGGCUGGGAAAACACUACGGCGUGAUAUUGAUUCCGGAGGGGUUGAUCGACUUCAUCCCAGAAAUCGAGAGCCUGAUUGCAGACUUGAACGAUCUCCUGGCGACUCAGGGGUGCGACCCCCAAGGCCACUGGAAAUCGAAGCUGAAGCCCGCCUGUCGGGCCUUGUUCGACUCCCUCCCUCAUAACAUACAAGAGGAGCUUCUGCUGGAGCGGGAUCCUCACGGAAACGUGCAAGUGGCGAGGAUCGAGACCGAGAAGAUGCUCAUCUCCAUGGUGGAGACGGAGCUCUUCGCACGGCAGCACGAGGAGACAUUCAAAGGGUUCUUCAAGGGCCAGUCGCAUUUCUUCGGAUACGAGGGCCGUUGUGGGUUGCCGACCAAUUUCGAUGCGACCUACUGCUACGCGCUGGGGUUCGCAGCAAGCGGUCUCCUGCACAUGGGUCAAACGGGGCUGAUUGCAUCUGUAUCGAACUUGACCGCGCCGGCGACUGAGUGGGGUGUGGGCGGGACAGCGCUGACGCAGCUCAUGGAUGUGGAGCGACGCAGGGGAAAGAACAAGCCUGUAAUUAAGAAGGCGAUGGUGGAGCUUGACGGUGCGCCAUUCAAGACAUUUGCUAGCAUGCGAGACCAGUGGGCUGUGGAAGAUAGUUACAUCAGUCCUGGGCCGAUUCAGUUCACGGGUCCCACCGCGGAUGAUACCUGCUACACACUGAAGCUCGAAGCUGGAGCUCUCUGAACGAUCGACCUAGAUGUGAUCCCAUCUAGACAUCUAGACAUCUAUCUAUGAAAUCACGGUCCUUUCUUCAGUCAUAACGUGCAAGUUGUAACACCCAUUUUUUUCCGCUUCGAGCUCAAGCUCAAUGCACCUUUAUGGAUGCUUCCCCUCGGCGACAUGCCAGUCGUGCUGCCUCUGGUUAGCGCUUGCGACAACGAGACUCGUCUGGUUUCACUGGGAAGAUUUACAUCAGACGUCUCAUAGUUUCAUUUUCUUCGAACUCGGCGUGACAGAAGAGGGAUUUUUUUUUUUUUUUUUUUUUUUUUUUUUUUGCUUUUGUUUGGUGCAGCUACUGGAGUUUUCGAGUGAGAUAAAAUUCGAACCAGUUGGACACUUGUGGCCCAAGUUGGAGAGUAGAGAACUGGAUCCGAGAUUAGUUAUUAGAAGGUUUGAAUUCAAAAUAUGUCGAAAAGAAAUUUUUGUCCAUGCUGCACCGCCUACUCAAUAAAAUAUACAAAAGUUAUGAAUA